AUGCACACCAUUUGGAUGCGGGAACACAAUCGCAUCGCUGACGAGUUGCGUUCCCUUAAUCCUCAUUGGUCGGGUGACCGAUUGUACCACGAGGCGCGAAAGAUAGUUGGAGCCCUAAUGCAAUCCAUCACCUACCGUGUUUGGCUUCCAAAGGUACUGGGUCCACGUGGCAUGGAGAUGAUGGGUGGUGAGACCUAUCCAGGUUAUGAUAGCUCUGUAAAUCCAACAAUCAGUAAUGAGUUUGCCACCGCGGCUUUCCGCUUCGGUCACACUAUGGUACCGCCCAUCUAUUUCCGUCUAAAUGAAAACUGGGAGACCAUCCCGGAAGGCCAUCUACUAUUGCACAAAGCAUUUUUUGCUCCCGACAAAAUGCUCACUGAUGGAGGAAUGGAUCCGAUUCUGCGAGGCCUGCUUUUCCACGGCAUUCGCGAUAUUAUUAGAAGGCCUUCUCUGAACCCUGAAUUAACUGAACGUCUCUUUGCUAUGGCACAUCAGUUAGCCCUUGAUUUGGCCUCCUUGAAUAUUCAACGUGGACGUGAUCAUGGCCUACAGCACUAUACUAGUUAUGCCUACAAGAUUUGUGGUCUUGGAAGCUCUGCAGCGCCGGAUUCGUUCGAAGAUCUCGCUGACAGGAUUCGUGAUCCGGCUAUAAGGGAGGAGUUGCGUGCUAUCUACGGUCAUCCAGGAAACAUAGAUCUAUUCGUUGGCGGUGUCUUGGAAGAUGUGUUACCUGGUGCGCGAAUGGGUCCCACAUUUGCCUGUAUCAUAGCUGAUCAGUUCAAGCGACUUCGGGCUGGAGAUCGACUUUGGUAUGAAUCACCGGGUCUCUUUACCACGGCUCAACUCGCAGAAAUUCGUGACGCGGGUAGUUAUUUAUCCAGGGUAAUCUGUGAAAAUGGUGACAAUAUCACCGAAGUGCCUCUGGAUGCAUUCAUAAGACCGAAGAACCACAAAGACCUAGUUUCUUGCUCUCAAGUACCUAAACUCAACCUUGCUCUCUGGAAGGAAUGCCCCUCACUAAGUGGUGCAUCCUUCGGUUCAUACAGCGAUAUUGGUAUAUACUUUGACCAACCACUAAACAGACGCCGAAGAAGUGUACCCUCUGAGGACUCGUGUGAAGCCAAACCACCGGAACCUUUGAGCUUCAUGGAUGAAGUGGAACAGGAGUUGGAGGCUCGAUUGAAGCUGCGAGAACAUCAACUGAAACUGGCUGAGCACUAG